AUGGAUAAAGAAUGUUUGUAUACUGCUCUGAAAUACUUUAUCUUUGAAGCACGAAAACAAAAUGGCUCUGAAUAUCCUGCAAACAGCGUGGAUGAGAAGGGUCGACGUUAUCUUUUGUAUAAAGAAGAUGUAUCCAAGACAAAUCAUGGAGGCCUGAAGGACAGCAAAGUACCACCAAAGGAAGUUCGUGCCUACGAAAAUAAUCAACCAUCUAGAUGCUAUGUCAGACUGUUUGAGAAGUGUUGUUCUCUUUGUGAAGCUAUAAGAGCUUACAAGAGAUCAUCUGACGACUCUCGGCUCUUGACUGGAGCAAAAGUUGCUCGAAAAUCAACCAACACAAUGACCACUGAAGAAGAUAUUGUUUCCACAAUGCAGAAUGCGACAACAUCGACUUCUGUGACCCUCGAUGUCACACGCGAAAAUUCUGCUACAUAUAAUUUUUACUUUCAUUAA